AUGGCUUCGCUAACGACCCUCAAGCUGACGAAUCGCUCUCCCAAGCAGCCCAUCAAGAAGCUUCCCCCAACCAUCGACCUCCCUGCCAACGCGACGGUUGAAGAUGUCAAGAAGCUGAUUGCGAAGCAAGCUGGCUUCAGCGACCACAACCGCAUUGGCCUGUUUUACACGUCGACUAGGAAGACGCUCAAGGACCGCAGGGCUGUGAUUGCGGAGGACAAGGAUGUUGCCGAGGCUGGCGAAGUGCUGGUCAAGGAUCUUGGCGUCCAAAUCGCGUGGAGAACUGUCUUCGUCGUCGAGUACCUGGGCCCCAUCCUCAUCCACGGCGCCGCCGUCGCCGCCCGGCCGUACCUGCUCAAGGACCCGUCCAUGUCGCCAACGCAGUGGCUCAGCUUCGGCAUGAUCGUCGCCCACUUCGCCAAGCGCGAGCUCGAGACGCUCUUUGUCCACAAGUUCUCGGCAAACACCAUGCCGGCCCGCAACAUCUUCAAGAACAGCUUCUUCUACUGGGCCAUCUCCGGCGCCCUCUGCGCCUGGUCCAUCUACUACAGCCCCUGGUCGCUGGCCGCCCGCGCCAACGACCCCAUUGUCGAUGCCGUCGGCACCGCUCUCUACCUGUUUGGUGAGAUUAGCAACGCCCUGGUGCACCUGUACCUGUCCACCCUGCGGUCGGCCGGCGGCACUGAGCGCAAGAUCCCGCACGGAUACGGCUUCUCGCUCGUCACCUGCCCCAACUACAUGUACGAGAUUCUGGCGUGGGCGGGCAUCAUCACCGCUAGCCGUGACUGGUCUGUUGCGCUUUUCAUCACCAUGGGUGCUAUCCAGAUGUUCAUCUGGGCCAAGGGCAAGGAGAGGGCAUACCGCAAGGAGUUUGGCGACAAGUACAAGAAGAAGCGCUUCGUCAUGCUUCCAGGGCUGUUGUAA